AUGGAUGUCUCUCCUUUUCUUAGCACUCUCGCCCCGGAGAUCCUGCAGCUCGUCAUCGAGCACACACAUGCUUCAGCCCACUGGCCUCUUGCGCAGACAUGCAAGUACAUAUACCUCAACUCCGAAUCAAUCCUUGAGCGUCAUCGUAAGGCCUGGCAAGAGUUUCGAGUCGCCUCCGAUCUUGAUCCACGGACAGUCAUCAACUUAUUAUGGAGUGUCUUCAGCCAGGGUGCAGCUUCAAUCGAGGCAUGGCAUGUCAGGGAGUUCGAGGUCUGGGGCGAUAGAGAGGGUUCCAAUUCUGAUUCCUGGGAAGCCAUUUGGGAUACUUGGCAUGUGGACGUGGACACUGGCAAGAGAACUGUAAAAGGGGACACAGUACCCUGGCCGCUUUCUAACCAGGAGACCAACUAUUUCUGUGAUACGAUGCUGAAGCUGCCUCGUUUCUAUGGCGAGAGCCGGAACCUCAAUGACGAGCUCCGGCAAGUGUUUGAGUCAUGCCGUGAUAGUCUCCCCAAAGCCAUUCUGCUGGCUCACCUUCCGCGCAUUCAAGCUUUGCGCUAUGCCCAGGUCGAUGACGAACUCACGCGUCACAGCCUUGAUGCACUGAGUGGUUUCAUGUAUUGGUGCGAGUCUGCAGGGACCUGGUUACCUGGGCUACAAUCACUUUCAAAGGUUUCCCUCCACAUAGGCCUUGACCGAACCGAUGAUGAGGUCGUGCCGCCCGAAUAUUUAAGUAGGAGUGCAGACAAUUUUUGCGCUCUGCUCUGCUUGCCAAACAUAUCCGAGGUGUAUAUUUCUCAUGUGGACGGUGGUCUUCCACUACGUGAUAGGGGGAGUCUUUGCCCAAAAGAUAUUCGGCCCUCCCUGGCCAAAACAUCACCAGUCCAGACAAUCAUUCUCGAUAUGCUGGAAUACGAGCUGAGCGAUAGACUGAUAGACUUUAUCGCUAGGAUCCCGCGGGCUCUUCAAGCACUAGCCAUCCGAUUCAAUACGAACAAUUACAAUGAUCUUCCGGAAAACACCGAGCGCAUGGUGUACGAGCUCUCCAAACACCAGGGCCCAUCUCUUCAGCGGCUUUGCAUCCAUGAUGACGAACAAGACGAGGGGCCGUCAUCUUUGAACUGGAGGACCCUAGACGAGCUCAUACCGUUCGAGGAUCUCCGUGUGGCCAACUUGGAUUGGAGAGCAAUAGAAGCUGGUCUAGAUCCCAAUGAAAAGGCCCAAUCGCGAUCUGAGCUUCUUGAACGACUUUUCGGGAUCUUCAAAAAUGCUCUACCGGCUAAAAUGGAGAUUGUGGCAUUCGGCCAAUUUGAAAGCGAUGAACCCGUCUUUUUCAAGCUUGACCAGAUUAGUGGCUCGGAGUUGGGAUAUAUAGACGACGUGGUCGAGGCAAUGGUCAAAUCAGAGCGGUACAGGAACCUCAAGGCCGUUUUUCUGCAAGGGAUACAAACUCAGCUGUCAUACCUAACUGGCAUUACUCUCCGCUUUCCUAAAACCAUAAAGGCCGCAGAUGAGCGGGGGAUAUAUAUCCAUGUAAAGGGGAGCAAACCUCCUCCAGGUCUUAGCAGAAAUGGAGAGUUUGUGCCCUUUCCAAGGAGGGAUUCCAUGGUGACAGGUCGGUUUGAGACAGAAGACAGAGAACGUCUCCAUUGUACCAAGAGAUAUAGAGACUAA